GCUAUGCCGAGUGCAAAGUAUAAAUACGUUUUAGCUGGGUGCCAGUUGUCAGCCUUCGUGUAACGGCACCGUUAGAGGGACAGCUACAUCAACCAGGCACGGGAAGGUCACAAUGGCAGCACCGAAGAAAGUCUGCAUUAUCGGCUCUGGCAACUGGGGCUCUGCCAUCGCCAAGAUCGUGGGCUCCAACACGGCGACGAACCCAAAGUUUGACAAGACGGUCAACAUGUGGGUGUUCGAGGAGAUGGUGAACGGGCGCAAGCUCACUGAGAUAAUCAACACUGACCAUGAGAACGUGAAGUACCUGCCAGGACACAAGCUGCCCCCCAAUGUGUUGGCUGUUCCCGAGCUGCUGGAUGCUGUCAAAGGAACGGACAUCCUGGUGUUCGUCAUCCCGCACCAGUUUGUCGGAAGGGUGUGUGACACCAUCAAGGGUCACAUCAAGAGCGACGCUGUGGGCAUGUCUCUCAUCAAGGGUGUGGACGAGGGCCCCGAAGGGUUGAAGCUCAUCUCCGAUGUCAUCAGAGAGAAGCUGGGCAUCGUCAUGACGGUGCUGAUGGGAGCCAAUCUGGCCAAUGAGGUGGCUGAGGAAAAGUUCUGUGAAACCACCAUCGGUUGCAAGAGCGCGGAGCACGGCCCAAUGUUGAAGGAAAUGAUGCAGACCAAAAACUUCCGUGUGACGGUGGUGGCUGAGGCCGAUGUGGUGGAGAUCUGCGGAGCUCUGAAGAACGUGGUGGCGGUGGGCGCGGGGUUCUGCGACGGCCUGGGCUUCGGGGACAACACCAAGGCAGCGGUGAUCCGGCUGGGCCUGAUGGAGAUGAUCGCCUUCGCCCGCGUCUUCUGCACGGCCGGCCCCGUCUCCCCGACGACCUUCCUGGAGAGCUGCGGCGUCGCCGACCUCAUCACCACCUGCUACGGCGGCCGCAACCGCAAGAUCGCCGAGGCCUUCGCCAAGACCGGGAAGACCAUCGAGGAGCUGGAGAAGGAGAUGCUCAACGGGCAGAAGCUCCAGGGCCCGGCGACCGCAGCCGAAGUUCACCACAUCCUCCAGCGCAAGAACAUGGUGGACAAGUUCCCCCUCUUCAGCGCUGUGUACCAAAUCUGCUUCAAGGGCCUCCCAGUCAAAGAGUUUGUCACCUGUCUCCAGAACCAUCCGGAACACAUGUAACCUGCUGUGUGAUGUCGUAGGUGGGGGGUCGGCUGGGGCGGAGGUUUUAGUGGGGAAGACCAUUGCCAAACUUAACGGUCUAACCACACCUGUUUUCGCCUGCCUUCUGUAAGAGAAGGAACUAAAAGAAUAUUCCGGCAUUCUUCCACUGCUGUUGUGCUAUCCACCCCAAAAUCCAUCUCUUCCCUUGCGGGUCUCCUUAGACACAGAAUGACCCGUUAGAGGAAACUAAGACCUGCUUUUGGAGCCAGGUCUGCUAUGAUAACUAAGACCUUCUUUUGGAGCCAACUCUGCUAUGAUAACUAAGACCUUCUUUUGGAGCCAACUCUGCUAUGAUAACUAAGACCUACUUUUGGAGCCAACUCUGCUAUGAUAACUAAGACCUUCUUUUUGGGGCCAACUCUGCU